AUGGGUGAAACGGAGGCAGAGACACGUGGCUGUGCCACUAGUGUCCUAUUCUGCUUCCGUGUGAGCUUCAUUUGUGACACCUACGUAGUCCUCGCUUGGAAUAGCAGGGUGAAAAGCAGCCCUGACGCUCACGUCUCCUUUGAUGAGCUACAUACCAGCAUACAGCAGAACAGAAGGCCUUGGGAAAGACGGUCCAGUCAGGCGCCAGAACGGACUGGGCUCGGCAACCCCAUGGGCCUCCCCUGGGCCUGCAGUGCACACUACAAUGGCUAUUGUUACCACUGUGACGACCUUGAGUAG